AUGUUCGUCCAACUGCGCCGUGUGGUGUACCUGUUGGUACUCCUGCAGUGCUUCGUGAGUGUGGCAUACGCAACCUGUGAAGAAGAUCUGGGUGGUUCAGAUAAAAAGUUGGGUACCUUGCGAGACGAGGCGAUGGAACACAUUGUAAAAGGAAGGGCUUGUCUAACCGAGUUGGCGAAGAACGUGAAAACAUGCAAUGAGAGUCAAGCGAAUGCCACAAGUGUUGCAGAGGAGGCGGCCAAGAGUGUCAGUGAACUCCAGAAAUGGGUGAAUGAAGAGGGAAGUUUGAAAGAUGAUAGUGAUAUGACCACGGAAAAAAUUACCGAACUGCAGGAGAAAGUAAAGCUGGCCGGGGAAAAGGUGCAUGAAAAUGAGAAGGUCGUCGUAGAAUCAGCAACGUUGAUUCAGCGUGCGAGUGUCGCCAGGCAUUCCUGUUUUGCUUCACUUGGUAACUUGGAAGCCGUGGUUAAGCAGAUCAAUGAUAAUCGGUUGCACUUUGAUUACGUUUUUAAGAGUGGACGUGAAGAGUGUUUGACACCGGAACGAAAGAAACUCAAUAUGGAUUUGCAGACAAUAACCAAUGAGUCGUCCCAAAUGCAAGUUAAUAUGAAAUGGGGGUUUAGGGACGCCGACGACGUUAAGAAAAAGGCUGUAGAGAAGAUAAAAGCCGCGAAAACGAUAAUAAACGAGACGUUUGGGAAUUAUACAGCGAUUGCUGAAAAGAUUGGGGCGAAACUCGGUAAGAUAAAAAUGAAGGAGAAGGAUGUUAGUGAGAAUACGAAAGGGCUUGCUGCUAUCCAGAAUUCUUUAUCCUUUGGCAUUGUAAAAUUGAAGAACGCCGUGGAAGUGAGCAAUGCGAGCGCCAAUCCCAGAAGACCACAGCCUGGUCUCUUAGUUAAACCAAUUGAAGAGACGAGGGGAAACGAAAGUGUAACUCAUUUGGUGCCCGUAAGUGAGCCAACAGAGGAUCCUCUGGAGAAAAUAAGAGCAGCAGCCGCAACGGAAUUGAGGGUUGAAUUGAGGGAGGCAGAGAAAAAAGAGUCCGAACGUAUGGAACAGGAGAAACGGGCCGAGGCAGAAAGGAUCAGACUGGCUGAAGAGAAAGAGGAAAGAGAGAAGGCUGAGGCGCGGCAGCGGGAACAGGAGGAAAAGAGGCUGGCGAAGGAAAAGGAGGAAAGAGGGAAGGCUGAGGCGCGGCAGCGGGAAGAGGAGGAAAAGAGGCUGGCGAAGGAGAAGCAGGAAAGAGAAAAGGCCGAGGAGAAAGAAAAACGGGAAAAGCUGAACGAAGAGAAGCUGAGAAAGGCAAAGGAAGAAGCGGAACGGGCGAAAAAGGCCGGGAAAGACAGCAGCAGCAGUCCUUCAAUGGUGUCUAGUCCAUUCUUGUUGCUUCUUAUGUGUAUGUUGGGUUGCGCUCUUGUUUGCUGA